AUGGUACAAAUUCAUGAUUUUCAGGAGGAUGAGGAACUAAUUCCUGAUGUUUCACAAGAAAUGUUACCUGAUGAUGUACCAACACAAACAAUAUUGCCAUCAACAACAACAACAGAAAUCCCUAUAACGACAACUACUGUUAAUGCUAUAACAUCUACUAAAGAGACUGUUGGAAAAUUUGUUAUGGAUAAAGCAUUGGACUUAAAAGAUAAAGUUAAAGAAAAAGUUUUAGCGCAAACUGGAAUGGGAGAAUGGGGAUUUGUAUUUUUUGGAAUAAUUUGCUUACUUAUUGUAUUAGGAGUUGCAUUUUUAUGUAUCCGUAAAAUAUUUGGAAAAAAAAGACAUGGUGAAAAAAAUAAAAAAGGUUUAAAAGGCUUAUUUGGUAAAGGUGGAAAACAAGAUGAUAUUGGAGCACAGGCAAAUAAACUUGUUGCUGAUUUAGAUGCAUUAGAAGAAAAUAUGGAACAAAAUGAAAAAGAACAGGCACAAGAAAAAGAGGAGUUAAAAUUAGGAAGAAUACAGUAUAAAUUAGAUUAUGACUUCCAACAAAAUCAGUUGUCAGUUACCGUAAUUCAAGCAGAAGAUUUGCCUGGUAUGGACAUGAGUGGAACAUCAGAUCCAUAUGUCAAAUUAUAUCUUAUGCCAGAGAAAAAAAAGAAGGUUGAAACAAAAGUGCAUAGAAAAACUUUAAAUCCUGUAUUUAAUGAAACAUUUAUAUUUAAAGUACCAUUUAAUGAAAUUGGAAAUAAAACACUUGUUUUUGCAGUUUAUGAUUUUGAUCGUUUUUCAAAGCAUGACCAAAUUGGGCAAGUUUUACUUCCUUUAGGAAAAAUUGAUCUUGGUGCUGUUAUUGAAGAAUGGAAAGAUAUUCAACCACCACCAGAUGAUAAAGAAGCAGAAAAAAGUUUAGGAGAUAUAUGUUUUUCACUUCGUUAUGUUCCAACAGCAGGAAAAUUAACUGUUGUAGUAUUGGAAGCAAAAAAUCUUAAAAAAAUGGAUGUUGGUGGUUUAUCUGAUCCAUAUGUUAAAAUAGUUCUUAUGCAAGGUGGUAAAAGACUUAAAAAAAAGAAAACAUCUAUUAAAAAAUGUACUUUAAAUCCAUAUUAUAAUGAAUCAUUUUCAUUUGAAGUGCCAUUUGAACAGAUUCAAAAAGUUUCACUUAUGAUAACUGUCAUGGAUUAUGACAAACUUGGCUCAAAUGACGCAAUUGGAAGAUGUAUGCUUGGUUGUGGUGCAACAGGUGCAGAAUUACGUCAUUGGAUGGAUAUGUUAGCAAGUCCUAGACGUCCAAUAGCACAAUGGCAUACACUUGGACCAGUUGAAGAAGAUGGGAAAUAA